AGAGAAUGAGAUCUAUGAUCCUUUGUGGAUCUUACCUAAAUGAUUUAAUAUUGUUGCACAGUGAACGCUAUACAAAUAAACAUGCAGCUCGGUUAACAAUAAAAAAAAGUUUUCCUUUAUUUAUUAUUUAACAUCUUUCCACAAAUAUACAUCUGAAGUAGCCUGAGUUUAUUAAUUUUCAGUGCCCCAUAAUUAAACAUCAGUUGUUUGCUUUAAGGAUAUAUCUGUUUUGUUUUAGAUUUGGUUUUUGUGGGGAUUUUUAUGAUAAUCUUCUCAGUUUCCAAGUUCUCAAAGACAUUUACAAAGUAAACCCCAUUAGUGUACAGGAGACAGAAUAUGUGACAGUUUAAUCUGUUUUUAAAGGAACAGGUCUAUAAAUUUGUGAAGACUGAAAACCAGGAAAUAUUCUUGAUGUGACUUGAAUAUUCCAUCCUCUUCCACUUAUCUGAUUCAGGGUUACCUAUCUCAGACAGAUUGAGAGGCAGGGAACACUUUGAACAGGUUACUAGAUUAUCACAAGAUUCACACGUAGAGAAAGACAACCAUUGACACCUACAGCCACCAAAUAACCCAACCCAGGCAUGUCUUUGUGAGAAGACAUUGUAUCCAAAAACAAGCUACAAAAACACAGGGGGGAAAAAACACGGCAUUAACAAUAUUUAAAACCGUCUCAUACCUAAAGACACAGGAGAAAACACAGAUAACAGAUUAUUUAUAUUUCCUUUGCUGAACAGCACUGUUGCGAACGUCUCAACAUCUUCAGCACAGUUGCAGUUUUGCAAACAAGAACAUGUAAAAUUUGUCUUUUAGGAAGAACGUGGGGAUAGAAGUGUUUAGUGUCAGAAAAGGAGGUGUCCCCAUUACAUUUAUUACAUCACCUGACCUAUAAACAUGAGCACAAAAGUCAACCACUGAAACUAAUUUUUCUGUUCAGCACUGCAAAUAAAUAGCUUUCAUUUGUUAUCUUAAUAAAAAGCUUUUUUUGUAAAUUCAAGGAUGACAACAAUAAUUAUAUUUUCGCAUUAAAUAAGUACACUGGUGAAUUUACUAUUAGACAAACAUAAGUCAUUUUGCUAAUCAUCAGUAUUGUUAAUUUAGUGUAACUGUGGCAUAAACCUCACAUUUAGGUGGUGUUUUAAUAAAUUUGUUAAGCAUUGUAUAUCCUGCUCUCGGUGUCAGUUUGCAUUAAUUUGUUGGGAAAUGCCCUCUAAAAGCGAGAAAAUGCAGUAAAUUAUUUUAUGAUUUCAUCUCAUGAGGGUAAAAGUUUGUUUGGAGAGGAUAAAUUCUUCAGGGAGCUUAAAACCCCACCAGGUGACAAACAAGCUCCUACACAUCCUGUAGCCUAAUCCUCUUACAGAACUGGAAAAAUAACCCAUGGAAAAAUCGUGAACUCUGCUUAAAGCGGCUAUGGAUAGACAAAAGUCUCCUUCAGAGAAAUCACAUGAAGAGUGGUAAGUCGAGCCCUUAAGUUGGCCCAGUUAAGAAACACGCAAUCUCCUCAGUGUGACAAUUAAUCAUCACUGACGUUCUGAUGAUUAACCAGCCAGAAAAUAAUUUUCCAAAUAUCUAUACCUACGUUAUUGUGUUUAUUCCAACCCAGUCGCGUCACUUUAUGAAACUUAAACCUCACUUUACAGCAGGCGAACACGAGUUUGGUGUGGGAACUAAGCAAAUCCAAAUCGGUUGGUCUGAUGGAGGCAAGACGAUUAUCCCUCCUGUAAAUAUGUUUAUGGUUCAGUUUACUCACGGGGAGUAAAGGGUUUAUCCAUACAGCUCACUUCAGGAUUACAAACGGUAUAAAUACUGGAAGCGCUCCACUCUGUUCAGUCUGCGCCAGUUCUCGCUGUACAGUUACGCGCGGAUCACGGACACCCAGACAAGUUUCAUCUCGUUGUUUAAAAAGAGACUGACACGAAAUCAGACAGGAAAUUGUCAGCGCAGCACUCUUAGCUUUCCUGCGAAACUUUCUGGGAAUAAUCAGGACUAUGUCUGUGGUGAGCGCAGUGCCUUUCCUGAAGCCUCUCCCCAUGCGCUCUCCGGUGCCUCAGGGCCGCCGCCACACGCUGCCGGCCAGCGAGUUCCGCUCCCUCAGCCCGGAAGAUGCCAUCAGUGUGUUCGAGAUUGAAAGAGAAGCUUUCAUCUCUGUCUCCGGUGAGUGUCCUCUCCACCUGGACGAGGUGCGUCACUUCCUUACUCUGUGUCCUGAGCUGUCUCUUGGCUGGUUCGAGGAGGGACGGCUGGUGGCUUUUAUCAUCGGCUCACUGUGGGACCAGGAGAGGCUUACCACGGACGCCCUUACGCUACACAAGCCUCACGGGACCACCGUUCACAUCCACGUUUUGGCCGUCCACCGGACCUUCCGCCAGCAGGGAAAAGGCUCCAUCCUGAUGUGGCGUUACCUGCAGUACCUCCGCUGCCUGCCCUACGUCCGCCGUGCCGUGCUCAUGUGUGAGGACUUCUUGGUCCCCUUCUACCAGAAGUCAGGCUUUAAAAUGCUAGGCCCCAGCAACAUCACGGUGGGGCCCCUUAACUUCACAGAAAUGUUCUACCCCGUGAGGGGCCACGCCUUCAUGCGGCGCAACAGUGGCUGCUGAAGACACAGACUUGAUGUGGAUUCUCUAUAGCUGUGAAAGGAGGUGAAGACCCCUGAGAAACGGGGUACAGGGGGCACGUGAUGAGCGGUGCAGUGAGUGUUUGGGAUCAUCGCUGUCUGUGAGUGAAGCCUGUUUGGCAGGAAGUGACGUGUGAAUUCUGACCCGGAGUCUGCAGAGAGCCAAAAACAGAGAGAUGUCGACAGCAGCGGUUUGCAAAAGUGUCCUGAAAGCAAGUUUUGAUUUGCAUUUUAGUGAGUUCGUUACACAAAAACCAAAAUCCCAAAUCUUUAUUUUGAUAAACGCUGGACAUUUAUUGUGUCCAACAGAACUGCUGCCUUCUUUAUUUCUUUUAUUUUUUUUAAACAGUGAGGACACGUUUAAAUAAAACUAAUUCCUUUAGUAAUUCUCCAAUAAUAUGUAACAGCAGUUAAAAUGACAAAGGAGGGAUAUCAGCAAGGCUAAAUAUUAACAUUUAACUUAUAUUAAGACUUCAGUGAUCCCGUGACUGACCGUUUAUAAAUCGGACGUGUGGCACUUUAAAAGUCUUGUAGACAGCCUCCAUUUUUGCCUCGGAGUCUUAAAUCAAGACAAACUCAUUUUUACGCUGUUUUGUCCUAAUAAAAAUUUUAUUUUCUAA